AAAGAAUAACAUUGAAGAGCAAAGCAGUGAGACACAGAAAGGCUAUGGCCGACGAACUCUACGGCAUAUAUAUAUCAGCGUACCGAACCUUCUUCCUCCGAGAUUUCAUCGCCGAUUCCUCUCUCCGAUCGCCCUCUUUCUCUCUCUAUCGCCUCUACUUUCCAGGUUCUCCGUCUCCUUAGAACAAGAUUACUAAAAAUUUGGAAAUCAUGGGUGAUGCAAUUGAUUUAACUGGAGAUGGAGGUGUCAUCAAGACAAUUGUAAGGCGUGCCAAACCUGAUGCAAUUGCUCCAACGGAGAAUCUUCCUCUUGUUGAUGUUCAUUAUGAAGGCCGCCUUGUGGAAACUGAUGAAGUUUUUGACACUACACAUGAAGAUAAUACUAUUUUCACCUUUGAACUUGGAAAAGGCAAUGUAAUCAAGGGUUGGGACAUUGCAUUGAGAACUAUGAAGGUUGGGGAAGUUGCAAAGCUCACUCUCAAGCCAGAAUAUGCCUAUGGCAGCACAGGUUCUCUGCCAGAUAUACCCCCCGAUGCAACCCUAGUCUUUGAAAUUGAGUUGGUGGCCUGCAGACCACGGAAGGGUUCGAGCCUAAGUAGUGCUUCAGAUGAGAGGGCUAGGCUAGAGGAGUUGAAGAAGCAAAGGGAAAUUGCUGCUGCGAUGAAAGAGGAGGAGAAGAAGAGGAGAGAAGAAGCUAAAGCUGCUGCCGCGGCUCGUAUCCAAGCCAAGUUGGAAUCCAAGAAAGGUCAAGGAAAGGGAAAAGGCAAAGCAAAAUAGGCCCCCAUCAAACAUUUUCUCCUGACAAGCAUAUCCAUAUUAAGCUUUUCAUUAGAUAAAAAGCUUUACUAUGACAGUCAACAUUAUAAUAUCUGACCAAGGAAACCUGGUGAGACCUUAUGUAAAAAUGGUAAUCAACAAGCACUUUAAGUUUUAGUUGAUUGUUAAUUUUAAAUAAAAUUCAUAAUGUAUCAUAUCAUUAAGCCCGCUACUUCAUAGGCGCCACGUACUAGAUCCAACCAAUUGAUACA